GCAAGGGGAUUGAAGAAGCAUCUGAAGAGGCUUAAUGCCCCUAAGCAUUGGAUGCUUGACAAACUUGGUGGUGCCUUUGCUCCCAAGCCGUCUUCUGGACCACACAAGUCGAGGGAGUGUCUUCCCCUUGUUCUUAUCAUCCAUGUUGUCUCUAUCCCAAAAACGAAUGAGAGCUUUCGUCUGUUGUACGACACCAAGGGACGUUUCCGUCUCCACUCCAUCAGGGAUGAGGAAGCAAAGUUCAAGCUGUGCAAAGUGAGAACUAUCCAGUUUGGUCAGAAGGGCAUUCCUUACCUCAACACCUACGAUGGUCGCACCAUCCGUUACCCCGACCCGCUCAUCAAGCCUAACGACACAAUCAAGCUCGACCUCGAGGAGAACAAGAUCGUGGAGUUUAUCAAGUUCGACGUUGGAAAUGUCGUGAUGGUGACUGGAGGAAGAAACAGAGGGCGUGUUGGUGUGAUCAAGAACCGUGAGAAGCACAAGGGAAGCUUCGAGACCAUCCACAUUCAAGACUCGACGGGACAUGAAUUCGCCACGAGGCUAGGGAAUGUCUUCACUAUUGGCAAAGGGACAAAGCCAUGGGUGUCUCUUCCUAAAGGAAAAGGUAUUAAGCUUACCAUCAUUGAGGAAGCUAGGAAGAGGCUUUCUGCUCAACAAGCUGCUUAA